AUGGCAAAGGAUAAGAAGAAAGAUGGCAAGAAGGCAGAAAAAUCUGUAUGUCCUCCUCCUAUUCCUGCACAAGAUACUGCAGCUGAGAGUAGUUCAACAAAGCUGACAGAUUUGCAGACUUUGGUAAAUGGAAUGGAAGAAACACAAGCAAAUCCAGUGAUAUCAGAUAAAGAACCAGAGGAGGUAGAGGACCCUCCGGUCCAAGAUGUUAGUCAAUACUACAAGGAGCCUGUUCUUACUGAAGUUACUGUAAAAAGCUAUGAAGGUGAAAAAGUCCGUGGAUUUUAUGAGGGUGAAGGAUUUGCGUAUUUUGAGGGGGGAAAUACAUAUAAGGGCAUGUUUUCUGAAGGGCUAAUGCAUGGACAAGGGACUUACACAUGGGCUGAUGGAGUGAAGUAUGAGGGAACGUUUGUUAAGAACGUGCAGAUGUUUAAUGGCUGGUAUACAUGGAAUGAUGGCAGCGUUUAUGAAGGAUCAAUCAAGAACGGAGUUAGGCAUGGAUUUGGAUUUUUCAGGAGCGGUACUCAUCCUGUUUCUUACGUUGGCUAUUGGUGUAAAGGCAAAAGACAUGGAAAGGGUACCAUUUAUUAUAAUCUGGAACAUACCUCUUGGUAUUCAGGUGACUGGGUAAAUAACGUCAAAGAUGGAUGGGGAAUGAGAUGCUAUAAGUCGGGAAAUAUCUAUGAAGGUCACUGGGAGAAAAAUGUACGUCAUGGAAAAGGAAGAAUGAGAUGGUUGACUGCUAAUCAAGAGUAUAUGGGACAGUGGGUGUAUGGCAUACAGCAUGGAUAUGGCACCCACAUAUGGUUUUUGAAGAGAAUGCCUAUGUCUCAGUAUCCUUUGAGGAAUGAAUACGUAGGUGAUUUUGUAAAUGGGGAACGACAUGGAUGUGGGAAGUUCAUCUAUGCCAGUGGAGCAGUGUACGAUGGUGAAUGGGUUUGUAAUAAGAAGCAUGGCAAGGGCAAGUUUGUCUUCAAGAAUGGUCAUGUUUAUGAAGGAGAGUUCAUAGAUGAUCAUAUAGUAGAGUAUCCUGCUUUUGGAGUGGAUGCAGUGAAUGCAAAAGAGCUGAAUGCCACUUGUACAGGAAGUCAUUUUGGUGCUGAAAAUAUCGCAAUCAAUAAUGGCUCAGAAGGUACUUAUGUUCUGGGAUCAAAUAUUGGGUUGGAUAUAUCUUCAGUGCUUGACUUAUUGCCAAGGGAAGAGAGACAUGAAGAACUGAAACAAGUAGAAUUUGCUGUGUUGAGGCAUAUUACAGAACUGAGAAGAGUUUACACCUUCUACAGCGGCUUAGGCUGUGAUCCUUCUCUUGACAACACCUACGUCAUGACUAAGCUCCAAUUUUGGAGAUUUCUGAAGGACUGCCGCUUUCAUCACUCCAACAUAGCUCUUGCUGAAAUGGAUCGGAUAUUAAGUGGCGAUAAUACAUCACUUGAGGAGAUACAUUGUCCACAUGAGACUUUACUGUUCAGAACGUUUUUAUCUUACCUUAUUCGACUAGCAUUUUGUAUCUAUCAUGAAGAGCACAAACAAGAGUGUCUUUGUUUCAACUGCAGAGAGAAAGGUGCCUAUCUGCAUAAGUGUUUCUUAGAAAUGAUGUCCAGUAUCUUAUUUUCUGAAGAACGAUGUACAGUUAUUGCUAUGAGCCACAUUGACAAAUGCUGGGAAAUAUACAGAGCUUUUUGUAGACCGAGUACCAGACAUCCCUUUGAACCCACAAUGAAAAUGAGGCACUUCCUUUGGAUGCUGAAUGAUUUUAAACUUCUCAGCAAACAAUUGACUGCUUCAAGACUUGUGGAAAUACUUGCCAAAGAUGGUCCUUUUCUACACGAUAGCAGUAGUACCAGCCUGGAGCCGGAGUUGGUUUUUCUUGAAUUUGUUGAAGCUCUUCUUGAGUGUGCGUUGGUGUAUGUUACCAGUGAUAUGAUUAAGGAGCAAGUAGCUCAUGAUAAUCAGAAAAGAAGUAGCUUUAGAAUCAAGGGUCUCUCCGAGGGAACAACAAAUGUGUCUCUGUACCCAGAAUAUUCUCUCCCCCAGCCGCUGAGACCUUGUGAAGACAGACGGCAUCCUCUUCGAGAAUUCCUUGCAAUAUCGGAUGCUAUCUUCUCGUUUCACACAUCUCAUGGAGAUAUCAAAGAUGUUCCAUCAUUGUUCAGCCGUGAUGCAGAAAAAGAACAAGAUUUCUGCCCAGUGAAGGAAUUGACAGAUGAACCAAAAGAAGCCAAAACUGCACAAGAUGACGAAUUUAGUCUGUGGAUGUGGCAGGUGCAGAUCUUUUUUACAACUAAGUUCUUUCCUGCCUACCAGCAUGAAAAAGUGCUGAGGGAAAAAAUAAAAGAAAAUCGAAUAUGGGAUGCUGAAUUAGCUGAGCUGAGAAAGAUCAAGGAUGAGGAGCUGGCACAACUUAUUGCUGGAAGAGAAGCAGAAGAGGCAAAAAGGCAAGAAGCAGCUGCAGCAGAAAAAACAUUUGACUCCACAAGUGCAGAUUUUAAGGAGUUACAGGAGCCGGUUACACAGUUAGUACUCCCUCUGAAGGAAGAGGCACGCCCCAUUGUUACCAAAGUGCCUGCUGGCAAAAGGAGAAAGAAGAAAUAA